AGGAUGUUCGGGAGACGCGCGUAAAACCCAACCCCCUCCGCCGCCGCAGGCUUGCAUCCUCCUCCCGUUCAGCUUUCGAGGCAUUUCUGUAGUUGUCACGAUGAAGCUGAUCGCUUCGUACCUGCUCGCUGUUCUGGGUGGUAACACUUCCCCGACUGCUGAUGAUGUUAAGAACAUCCUGGAAUCAGUUGGGGCUGAAGCUGAUGAAGAGAAACUGGAGUUCCUGCUCGCAGAACUCAAAGACAAGGACAUAACAGAAGUGAUUGCAGCUGGAAGGGAGAAGUUUGCCUCUGUGCCUUCAGGUGGUGGUGCAAUCGCUGUGGCAGCUCCAGCUGCUGGAGCUGGUGGUGGUGCAGCACCUGCUGAGGAGGCAAAGGAGGAGAAGGUUGAAGAGAAGGAAGAAUCUGAUGAUGACAUGGGUUUCAGCUUGUUCGACUAAGUACUCUUUCGUGUGUGGUCUGAUACGACAGUACCCGCAAAAUAUGAAGAUAUUCAAUGUUUGUGCUGUUUUGCGUGAGACAGUGUAUAUGUUUUGUACUAUGCAUAUGUGAGUAUGUGGCAUCUUCAGGAAUCUAAAGAUGUUAAGCCUUAAUCUGCAUAAA